AUGAACACCAUCAUCUGUCGUCUGACCAACAUACUUAGAAGUAUAGUCACAAGAGCAUCAACUUAUAUAUUUCCAUUAAUAGAAACAAUUAGGAUUCAGCCGAAAUCAGAAAACCAAAAGGGCCUGGAAUUAAGAUCACAUUAUAGUACUAACGCCGAGGGAGGCGACCGUGGCAUUUGCCGCAUUGCCCCCACCACAUCAUGCCGCGCUCCGGUGUCGAAGAGGUGCCACAGUAGCAACACUAGCGUCAGCCACGGGAAUAGAGUCUCGCCGCUGCCGUCAGCUCUGCCCUGCUGCGACGACCGACGGACACCACCACCCCAACGCCAUGUCACUCCGCCGCCUCGUAGCCCGCUCCCUCUCCACGGCCGACCUCUCCGAGCGGAGGGCCCUUGCACCCGCUGGGACCUGGCCGAGGACCCCGAAGUCCACCGCUUCGUCUGCAACCCCCUCACCGGCCAGAUGCUCCGCCUGCCGGACUUCGCCGGCUCCAGGAGCAACUACGCCCUCCACAACAUGGGCCUCCUCACCCAGGCCGACGGAGGGCUCGGGUGCGGGCCGCCCGACAGGUUCGCCGUUGCCGACUUCGUCCUCAAUGGCGCCGCCAUCUUGCGGUUUCUCUCUGAGGAAGGGAAGUGGAAGGCGGUACGGCCGGUCCAUGGCAACCCAUCGCUCCCGCGCCCGAUGGAGAUGAACCAGGAGACGGUUGCCUUCGGCGGCCGCCUGUGGUGGGUCGACCUCACCUUGGGUGCCGUCUCCGUCGACCCCUUCGCCGACCGGCCGGAGAUCCGCUUCGUCGAGCUGCCCAGCGGCAGCGUGCUGCCCGCGCCUGCACGUGUGGACGAAGCAGACCCCUGCAAGGUCGAGGAACGGGGGCUGCUCAUUAUGGAGGUCACCAAUCGCCGGCGCAUCGGCGUGAGCGAGGGGAGGCUGCGCUACGCCGAGGUGACUCCCGGCGGGCCAUUUCUGCUCAGCUCAUAUGCGCUCGACGACGACGAGGGCACCGGCUGGAAGCUGGAGCACCAGGUGGCACUCAGGCGGGCGUUGGCGGACGGAGGCUACUCGGCACAGGCGGCGCCGCAGAUCGCCGUCCUUGACCCCGUCGACGCCAACAUCAUUUACCUCAAGGUCGGCAAGGACGUCGUCGUGGUGGACAUGCAUAACGGGAAUGUGAUUGGGGGCUGUCGGCUUCAAGGAGAGUACAUUUCUCUUGUACCAUGCGUGCUUCCACCAUGGCUUGGAUCAAGCCGGAUCCCCGCCGAAGAUGGUGGUGACGAAUUGACAUUGUCAACAAAACUUUUUUCAGGCAAGAAGGAUGGCAUGGAAGUGACAGAUGAUCUGGUUUCCUGGAACUAA